AUGGCUUCUCCCAAAGAGACGAUUCUGCUGGAAUUUGCGAAACCAAAGCUUUUCUGCAUUCUCAAUUCGACAUUUCGGAACUUGAGAAAGUAUAUGCUGGAUCUACUUCGGGACACAAGAAAACUCGCAUGCAAACCUACGAAGACCCCCCUUGAAUUAACUUACAAGGAUCAUAGUGAGGGGGAAUCGUUUCCCGACAUAGAACAAUACCGGAGAGCUAUAGGAACUCCCACCCAUGGCCUAUGGAUGCUCUGCAACAAUGCAACGAACGUGACUGCCUAUUGCGAUGUUGAUUGGGAAAGGAUCGUUCUGAUCGAUGUUCUACCUCUGGCUUCUGCACUUUCGUCGGUGGAAACCUCGUCACUUGGAAGAGCAAAAAAGAGAAUGUUGCCUCCCGUUGAAGUUGCUUUCCACAUAGCUGCAAAUUCCGUCUAUCACGAGUGCACAAAACAUAUAGAACUCCACUACCAUUUCAUCCGCGAAAGGAUUAGCAAUGGCACCAACUCCACCAUUUUCACCAGGAGCUCUGGUCAAGUCGUAGAUAUCUUCACCAAGACUACCAGCUCUUCCACUUUGCAGCUCUUCCUUCGCAAGAUUGGUCUAGUUGACAACCUCAGACCAAUCUUGAGGGGGAAUGAUACGACGCACAAGGAAAGUAAUGCAGAUCUCGGACCAAAUUAG